UAGAAACCUUAAUAACUGGACGGAAUACUCAACUGUUUAUUAACUUAAUAACAUCAAGCAUCAGCUAUAUUAGUUACAUAUAGCCACAGAGCAAUAAGUUGUUUGUGUGGCAGCAUUUUUGCAUUGAUUGCAUUUGUAGGGAAUAUAAAUGGUAUGCUAAGAUAUGCCCACUACAAUCUAUCCUUACAAACCCCCUUAUGUAUGUAGCAACAGGUUUUGAAGCCUUCUUAGCCACUUACAACUGAUUAGUUCUAUAAACUAUAGUAACAGAGAACUUUCUUAUGUUCCACAUUGCAGAAACCAAUGCUGAGACCAUCUACUGGUUUAGUCAUCCCGACGUUCCUGGCAGCGGAUGCCGUCAACUUAAUAUCAGGGCUCUUACAGCGGGACCCAUUGAAGCGGCUGGGCUCAAGUGAAGAAGAUGCAUGUGAUGUUAUGCAUCAUUAUUUCUUUCGAAGCAUUGACUGGAUGGCUUUGCUAGAGAGAAGAAUGCAGCCCCCGUUCAUACCUGAGGAUGUUAGACUUUCCGAGGAUAAAGAUCAACAUCUAGUUCUAACUCCUCCCUCCGAGGGUUCCUUGGCCAUGGAAAAGGAGAUUGCGGAAGCCUUUAGGGACUUCGAUUAUACCGCAAUGUAGAGCUCCAGGAUCAACCUGCAAUGCCAAAAUCACCAGCGUGAGAUCUUCAUUUAUAUUUCCCUUCCUUCCUCUGCAGUAGGACCGGCGGUGCCCCCCACUUGCACCACAGCUCAACCAGCCGUGCCCCUCCUCCUUCCACCUCCACCAGCGGUGCCCCUCCUCCUUCCACCACAGCUCCACCAGAGUUGAACCUCCUUUUACCACCAUAGCUCCCCCAGCGGUGCUCCCCUACUUCAAACUAAAAUAUGGUAUCAUAAACAGGAGCGCACUUAAGCCACUCGGUAG